AGAGGGAGGAAGGACGGCAGAGCUGACAGGACAGGACGGCUGUGCUCCUGAGCGUUUCUGGAGCAGAAGCUCUUCCCCAGAAGUAGGGACGCACCGGGCAGCAGGCACCAUGGAGCCCCCGUCGGCCCCUCCCCGAGGACGACGCGUCCCCUGGCAGGAGGUCCUGCUGGCAGUCUCACUCCUAACCUUCUGGAACCCGCCCACCACUGCCCAAGUUACUGUGGAAUCGGUGCCGCCCAAUGUUGCUGAAGGGAAGGAUGUUCUUCUGCUCGUCCACAAUCUGCCUGGGGAUCCUAUAGGCUAUGGCUGGUUCCGAGGGGAAAGUAUAGAGCCCAGCAGUCAAAUUGGAUCAUAUGCAGUAGACACAAAUGUAACUACCCCAGGGCCUGCACACAGCGGCAAAGAGACAAUAUACCCCAAUGGAUCCCUGCUGUUCCAGAACAUCACCCUGAUCGACACAGGAUACUACACCAUACAAAUCACAAAGAAAAAUUUUCAAGUUGAUCAAGGAACAGGACAGCUGCGCGUAUUCCCGCAGUUACCCAAACCCAACAUCUCAAGCAACAACUCCGAUCCAGUGGCGAAUAUGGAUUCUGUUGUAAUAAUGUGUGAACCUCAGACUCAGAGCACAAGCUACCUGUGGUCAGUAAACAAUGAGAGCCUCCCGGCCAGCACCAGGCUGCAGCUGUCCCUGGACAACAGGACUCUCACUAUACACGGUGUCACAAGGAAUGACACAGGACCCUAUGAGUGUGAAACUCGGAACCCAGUGAGUGCUGGUCGUAGUGACCCAUUCACCCUGAAUGUUCUCUAUGGCCCGGACGCCCCCACCAUUUCCCCCUCAGACUCCUCUUACCAUCCAGGGGCCAACCUCAGUCUCUCCUGCCACGCAGCCUCUAACCCGCCCGCACAGUAUUCUUGGUUUAUCAAUGGGAGGCCCCAGCUAUUCACACAGGAGCUCUUUAUCCCCAACAUCACUGCCAAUGAUAGUGGAUCGUAUACCUGCCUCGCCUAUAACUCUGGCACUCGGCUCAAUAAGACCACAGUCAAGACUAUCACAGUCUCUGAGCCAGUGGCCCGGCCCUCUCUCCAUGCCAGCAACACCACAGUCACAGGAAAUAAGGACUCUGUGGUCCUCACCUGCUCCACAAAUAACACUGGGGUCUCCAUCCACUGGUUCUUCAAUGGCCAGAGUCUAAAGCUCACAGAGAGGAUGAAGCUGUCCCAGGACAACAGCACCCUCACCAUAGACCCUGUCAGGAAGGAGGAUGCCGGGAAUUACCAGUGUGAGGUCUCCAACCCAGACAGUUCCAGCCAAAGUGACCCCAUCAGGCUGGAUGUGAACUAUGAAAGAAGCACCACAGGCCUCCCUGUGGGGUCCAUCAUUGGCAUUGCAGUCGGGGUCCUGGUCGGACUGGCACUGGCGGCUGCCCUGGGUUGUCUCCUGUUCCACAAAAGGACUGGAAAGGCCAGUGGCUGGUGUGAUCUCAGAGAGCUCUGUCGCCCAGCAUCCACUCCCCGACUCCCUGCCCGGCCCCACCACAGCCGUUCCCAUCUACCAGACCACUGGCCUCAAGGAGUGAAGGACCAAACUUUCCCAGGAGAUAAGGCCUGCCUACAUUGGAAAAUAGCUGCCCUGGGUGCCAGCAAGUCUGUUCAGGGUUGUGUCCAUAUACGACUAACCGCCUGGGCACCUGCUUCUCCUGCAUGCAGCCACCCUCCCUUUUCUCAUGCCUUCCCCUUUAAAGCACCCUCCACUCCCAAACCCUCUGGACAGGAAACAUGGUCUUUGAAACAUGAGUCCACCAUCUUCCCAGCAUACUGGCUUCCUGAAUAAAGCAACCUUUCCUGACCUAAAUGUGAGAUGGGAAUCCAUCAAAAUCCUUGAGGAGAACACAGGUAGCAACCUCUUCGACCUCAGCCGCAGCAACUUCUUCCUAGACACAUCACCGAAGGCAAGGGAAGCAAGGGCAAAAAUGAACUAUUGGGACUCCAUCAAGAUAAAAAGCUUUUGCACAGCAAAGGAAACCGUCAACAUAACCAAAAGACAACUGACAGAAUGGGAGAAGAUAUUUGCAAGUGACUUAUCAGAGAAAGGGCUAGUAUCCAAAAUCUAUAAAGAACUUAUCAAACUCAACACCCAAAGAACAAAUAAUCCAGUCAAGAAAUGGGCCGAAGGGGGCGCCUGGGUGGCUCAGUCGUUAAGCAUCUGCCUUCAGCUCAGAUCAUGAUCCCAGGGUCCUGGGAUCGAGCCCCACAUCGGGCUUCCUGCUCAGUGGGAAGCCUGCUUCUCCCUCUCCCACUCCCCUUGCUUGUGUUCCCUCUCUCACUGUGUCUCUCUCUGUCAAAUAAAUAAAUAAAAUCUUAAAAAAAAAAAAUGGGCCGAACAUGAGCAGACAUUUUCUGCAAAGACAUACAAAUGGCCAAAAGACACAUGAAAAAGUGUUCAACAUGACUCAGCAUCAGGGAAAUCCAAAUCAAAACCUCAAUGAGAUACCACCUCACACCAGUCAGAAUGGCUAAAAUUAACAAGUCAGGAAACGACAGAUGUUGGCGGGGAUGCGGAGAAAGGGGAACCCUCCUACACUGUUGGUGGGAAUGCAAGCUGGUGCAGCCACUCUGGAAAACAGUAUGGAGGUUCCUCAAAAAGUUGAAAAUAGAGCUACCAUAUGAUCCAGCAAUUGCACUACUGGGUAUUUACCCCAAAGAUACAAAAGUAGGGAUCCGAAGGGCUAUGUGUACCCCAAUGUUUAUAUUUAUAGCAGCAAUGUCCACAAUAGCCAAACUAUGGAAAGAACCAAGAUGUCCGUCAACAGAUGAAUGGAUAAAGAAGAUGUGGUAUUUAUAUAUACAAUGGAAUAUUAUGCAGCCAUCAAAAAAAGAACUCUUGCCACUUGCAAUGAUAUGCAUGGAACUAGAGGGUAUUAUGCUAAGCGAUAUAAGUCAAUCAGAGAAAGACAAGUAUCAUAUGAUCUCACUGAUAUGAGGAAUUUGAGAAACAAGACAGAGGAUCAUAGGGGAAGGGAGGAAAAAAUGAAACAAGAUGAAACCAGAGAGGGAGAAAAACCGUAAGAGACUCUUAAUCUCAGGAAACAA